GAAAUCCGGAACUGAAAUUCCCCGCUCAGAGUUUCUUCUGGAAGAAUAGAAGGAACGGACGCAGAGGAACAUCAUGGAGGGAGAUUUGAGUUGUUUCAUGUAACAGCGACUCGGACGCAUUUCUGGGGAAUUAUCAGUACUGCCUCUCCAUGGAGCUCGAUAAAGACAUCCAGACAACACAAAGAGGCUUUCACUGCAACCUCUGCAUCGUUAAUAUACCGAACAGGCCGAGCCUAGAAGACCAUGUUAAAGGAAAGAAACACCAGCAUCUCCUGCGGCUCAGAGCUCAGCGUAAAGCUCAGGAGGAGAACAGCGUGUUUGUGAGCGGCUUUAAACCAGACACGUCUCAGACCGAACUGAAGGAGUACUUCGCACAGUUUGGGCCAGUGUCAGAUGUGAUCAUGGACAAGCAGAAGGGUGUCUAUGCUAUAGUUGAGUUCUCCGAGCCGCAGAACGCUGAAGCAGCUCUGGCACAACUACAGCAUCAGCUCAAUGGACUGAAACUCCGUGUCAAGCCCAGAGAGAGGAAAGAGUUUAAACUGGCCAGCAGAGGGAAACAAGACUCCAAAAACCCCCAGAUCUGCCUGGACAAACUCAACUACGAGCUCUGCAAGGCUACAUCUGUAAAUGAGCAGAUGCUGAAGGUGGUGGAGAGAUUUGAGUUGAAAGACAAUGAGAAGAAAGUGAGAGAUCUUCUAGUUCAGCUGCUACAGGAAGUCUUCACAGAGUUCUUUCCAGAUUGCCAAAUUGUGCCCUUUGGAUCCUCUGUGAACACUUUUGGGAUUCACUCCUGUGACCUUGAUCUGUUUCUCGACCUUGAGAACACCAAAGUUUUUCAAGCUCGUGCCAAGUCUUCUGAAGCGCAGACAGGAGAAAAUCAGUCUGAGGAUUGCCGCUCUGAAGACUCCAUUUUAUCCGACAUUGACCUGUCCACUGCCACUCCUGCUGAAGUAUUGGAGCUGGUUGCAGUCAUUUUGAGGAAGUGCGUUCCAGGUGUGCACAAAGUCCAGACACUCAGCACUGCCCGACUUCCUGUGGUCAAGUUCAGUCAUCGAGAGCUCAACCUCCACGGAGACAUCACCAUCAACAACAGAUUGGCAGUAAGAAACACUCGAUUUUUGCAGUUGUGUUCAGGCAUUGACUCCAGACUGCGACCGUUAGUCUACACCAUCCGAUUAUGGGCCAAGCAGAAACAAUUAGCGGGGAACCUGUCUGGUCCUGGACCGUUGUUAAACAAUUACGCUCUUACACUGCUGGUGAUCUUCUACCUUCAGAAUCGAGACCCUCCUGUGCUUCCCUCUGUGAACCAGCUAAAGAACAUGGCCUGUGAGGAAGAAAAGUGUAUUAUUGAGGAAUGGGAUUGUACAUUUCCUAGUCAGCCAUUUAUUGUACCGCCCAGCAAAAAUACUGAAGAUCUCUGCACUUUGCUUUUUGGAUUCUUCACUUUCUACUCAAAGUUUGAUUUCUCUGCAUCAGUGGUGUCUCUGCGAGAUGGCCAUGUAUUGCCUAUUACAGAUUUCCUCCAAAGUGAUGAGGAAGUGGUAAAACCCUCAGAGGCCUCUGGUCCCAAACCACAGCGUUCCUCUGCCCCCAAACUGAGGCCUAUGAAUGUCCUGGAUCCAUUUGAGCUGAACCACAAUGUGGCAGGGAACAUUAAUGAACGAACGCAAAAGAACUUCAAGCGAGAAUGCUGUGAGGCUGAGAAGUACUGCCGCAGUUUGCAGUAUCAGCAAAAAUCAACCAAGGGAAAAUCCUGGGGCCUUGUGCGGCUCUUUGCGCCGCCGACCGAAGCCGGACCCCGUUCACAGGUCGAUACUGAGAAGAUUAUGGAGGUCAGCAUCCCCUUCAAGGCAGACGUUCUCCCAGAACCCUUGCGUGCCCAGCUGGCAUUGGCUGGGCAGGGUUUUAGAGGUCUUUGGUUUGCAAAAGUCUGCUCUGCUGUGCACAUGGUGUUUCAUGAAGUUUUAAAAUGUUCACCUUUAGAGGAAACUCAAACUACAGCUGUUUGUCAAAAUCUGGACAAAGCAGACAGAGAUGGAAAUGAAAUGGAGGUUAAUAAUAACCAAAGUGUAGAAGACUCUGUUCUUAAAACUGGUAAGAAGAGACCCCUUGCAGUGGACGAGGACGAGGGUCCGUCGACCUCCACUGUUGUACAAGCCAAAAGACAGAAGCUAGAUGCUGAUAUGGAGCACCCAGAGCCGGUCCACUGGACUUGGACUCAAAGGAACUGCGUUUGGGCAGGCCGACGGAAAGUGCGAAGAGAUCUCUUGAAGACUAGUGAUGAGACUUCCAAACCUGAAGGAGGCUGCGUUGACAUUGAGAGCAGGGUGACUCAGAGCAUUGUGGAGAAAGAGGAGAAACUGCAAGAUUUGUUGGAAUUCAAAGUGGAUGCAGAAGUUGUCGGUGGGAACGAAAGCACUAAGGUUGUCCUCCGUUUUCACCCCAGCCAUGAUACAGCAGGCGUCUUUCAAGACUUCUUCCAUUUUCUAAAAUCCUUCCUGUCUAAGAUGGCAGAAACGAUUCUAGGGAGGGCGGAGUCAUAAUUAUUAUUAUUGUUUUUUUUUUUUUUUUUUUUUUUUUUUUUUGAAAUUUGCGUAAACUACAACUUUCAAACAGAGCUCAGAGGUCUGCCCUUCUGAGGAAAAAAUAUUUUUAGUGAAUGUUUUGAGAAUAUAACAAUAUAUUUUGCUUAAAGCAUGGUCUGAGUUAAAAUGUAUUUUUUGUUUUUUGUAAAAAAAAUUCCUCCCAUGAUUUUGGCACGUUUGCCUCUCCAUAAUGUAUAUAUAAUGAAUGUGUACACUCACAUUAAAGUUUGAACUCAAAA